AUGUCUACGUCAUUUUUGGAAACCCCAAAGCUUGAUACCGGAUUGAUCCAAUUCUCAGGACUCGUGAUCCACCUAAUGAUCUCAAGUACUUGGCUCACGCAGCUGUUGACCUCCUUUGUAUCUAAAUUCUUAUUGUCCAAGGACACUACCCAGCAAGCGCUCCUUGUUUGGUAUAACACGUUUCGAAAGGAAGCUACUUUUCGUUAUGUGCUUGUGAACCUUGCAAAAUUGUUGAACGUCCAAUCUCACCGGUAUCAGUUCCGUCCAUUCCUUCCAUAGGCUCCAAAUUUGAGUAAUCGCUUACCCUGGUAUCUAGAUACUUCAAGUUCAUAUCCCGGACAAAUAUUUGUCGCAACGCAACCUUUUUCGCGGUAUGCACCUUGUCCCCACCAAGCCCACCCAGGACAUUGUAUCAUGAUGCAUAAGCGUGAGAACUAAACGUUUACUCAUCUCCGGUCAUUCUUGUUAAUAACCCAACACAGGUUUCUUUUGGCUUGAUCUGUGCCCUGGCCCUGGUCAAAGUAGGCCGGUUAAUGCUUAG